CAAAGAAAGGUAAAGAAAAGUAGUCCCAGGACUACCUCUCUCCGCACAGGGCUCGUCUUUUUUGACCCCAAGGCAAAAGGACGAGAGAGAAAAAGAAAAGUCUUUUCUCUUCUAUUCUCUCUCUCUCUAGCUUUUCCUCUCAUCUUGCUUCGUCGCGUAGUUAAAUCAAAAGCAGGGCCUGCGUCCAUAGCGAAAAACCCAGUUCCAGUUAGUUCUAUUCGUUCUCUACUGGAAAACGGGUCUCGACCCUUCUUCUCUCCGAAGGAAUUAAGAGAGAAAGACCAAUUCAUGUGCAGUGGUUCCAAGAGGAAAGUUAGUUCCACUGUUUUGGUCAUGGAGGGAGGUGAAUUUCAAAAUCAAGAGGGAUUUGUCCCUGAUUGUUCGAUUUUACUUGAAUUAUCGGCUUCUGAUGAUCUGAUUGGUUUUAAAACUGCGGUAGAAGAAGAGGGCCGUGAUGCUGAGGAGUCCAGUUUUUGGUACGGUAGAAGAAUUGGUUCAAAAAAGAUGGCGUUUGAGAAAAGGACUCCUCUCAUGAUUGCAUCCAUGUUUGGUAGCAAGAAAGUAUUAAAUUAUGUACUUGAAACGGGUUGCGUUGAUGUUAACAAACCUUGUGGGUCAGAUGGUGCCACUGCUCUCCACUGUGCUGUUGCCGGUGGUUCUGUGUCUUCACUCGAAGUCGUCAAGCUCUUGCUUGAUGCUUCUGCUGAUGUUAAUUGUAUCGAUGCUAAUGGGAAUCGACCAGCUGACCUGAUCAUACGGAUUUUGAAUUCUUCCUUCAAUUCGAGGAGGAAGAUGAUGGAGCUCAUGUUAAAAGGAGGUAGUGAUAUUGAAGAAGCUUUUUUCUUUACUGAUCAGACCAUUGAACGAAUGGGAGAACAACAUGAUCAAGAGGUAUCAACACUGCGAGCCUCAAAAGAUGGGACUGAGAAGAAAGAGUAUCCUGUUGACCCGUCUCUUCCGGACAUAAAGAAUGGGAUAUAUGGGUCAGAUGAGUUCAGGAUGUAUACUUUCAAGGUGAAGCCUUGCUCGAGGGCUUACUCUCAUGACUGGACAGAGUGCCCAUUUGUUCACCCAGGUGAAAAUGCCAGACGGCGUGAUCCAAGGAAAUACCAUUAUAGUUGUGUUCCUUGCCCAGAGUUCCGAAAGGGUACCUGUCAGCGGGGGGAUGCCUGUGAGUAUGCACAUGGAAUAUUUGAGUGCUGGCUUCACCCUGCCCAAUAUAGGACCCGCAUGUGCAAGGAUGAGAUUGGUUGUACUAGGAGAGUGUGUUUCUUUGCCCACAAACCUGAAGAGCUUCGCCCAUUGUAUGCUUCCACGGGUUCGGCUGUGCCUUCCCCUAGAUCUUUCUCAAUGAGUGCUUCAUUUGAUGUUUCGUCAAUCAGCCCGCUUGCCCUUGGUAUGCCAUCUAUUAUGAUGCCUCCCUCCUCAACACCCCCAAUGACUCCUUCCGGACCUUCCUCACCAAGGGGUGGAUCCAUGUGGUUAAACCAGCCAAACCUUGCCCCUCCUACCCUGCAGCUUCCUGGUAGCAGGUUGAAAACUACGCGAAGUGCGAGGGAUAUCAAUUUGGAUGCCAAAUUCCUUGAAUUGGAAAGUCAUCGUCGCCGGCAACAGCAGUUGAUGGAUGAGAUAUCUGGUCUCUCUUCUCCAUCUGGCUGGGACAAUUCCUUGGCGACUGCUGUUGCUAUUGCUGCCUCCUCUGGUGAUCUGACUGGGGAAUUUAACAGGCUUGCUGGAGUGAAACCGACUAACCUUGAUGAUAUUUUUGGAUCUCUUGAUCCCACAGUUUUGUCACAUUUACAGGGACUCUCACUGGAAGCUGGAACCACUCAGUUGCAGUCUUCAAAUGGAGUCCAGAUUCGCCAGAAUAUGAACCAGCAGCUCCUCUCAAGCUACCCUUCAAGCCUUUCGUCCUCACCAGUGAGGACACAAACACAAUUUGGUAUUGAUUCAUCUGGGAGUGCACCUGCAGGUUUGAAUUCAAGGUCUGCUGCAUUUGCCAAGCGAAGUCACAGCUUCAUUGAUCGAAGCAUGGUGAACUGUCAUCCUGGGCUUUCUUCCCCUGUUUCUUCUGCAACGGUGAUGGCUUCUACCCUUUCAAAUUGGGGCUCUCCUGAUGGCAAAUUGGACUGGGGUAUACAGAAAGAAGAGCUGAACAAGUUGAGGAAAUCUGCUUCUUUUGGAUUCCGGAGCAGUGGAAGCAGUUCCACCACACCUACAGCUUUUGUGCAAACCACUAAUGAUGAGCCGGAUGUGUCUUGGGUACAGUCUUUGGUAAAGGAUGCCCCAUCCAUUAAACCUGGGCACUCUGGUUUUGAUGAUGAGCAGCAUGGACAAUAUCAUCUAAACGGUGGAGGUUCUGAGAUGCUUCCACAAUGGGUAGAGCAGUUAUACAUGGAGCCGGAGCAGAUGGUGGCUUAAAAGCGAUGAUAGAAACCACUUUGGUUCCUCAAAUAACGAUUAACAAGUUUUCUUGCAGUUUAUUUUGGAAUUUUUUAUUCACAUUCGCAAUGUAAGUGGAUGGAAUUGUCAGAAUGAAAAGAAUAUUCUGAGUGGAGAAAGAGAAGGACUUGGGCAGGAUAAAAGCAUUCUGUUCAUAUGGCAACUUUCUGAGGAGAAACAAAAAAGAAUUCCUUGUAUUCACAUCUUAUAUUUACCUCUCUUGUUUUGCGUCUUAAUUGCAUCAGAUUCCUUGUAUUCAUUUCUAGUACAAAGAAGUGGAAAGAAAUUCUACUAUGACCUGGGCUACUGGAUAGUGGACAUUGCCCCUAUUGCAAUGUAAACUUUGUCAUUUUGGAGGUGGGGAUUGUGUAUGUUACAUAUUUCACUAGCUAAUAAAUUUCAUCACUCGUCUUUGUUUCAUUUUCUAA